AUGGAUAAUAUUACAGAAGUCACUGAAUUUAUCCUUGCAGGAUUAACAGAUGUCCCAGGACUACAGGUCCCUUUAUUUGUCAUCUUUACUUUUAUAUAUUUGACCACAUUGUUUGGUAACCUUGGGAUGAUUGGGUUGAUACUCCUGGACUCUCGCCUCCACACUCCCAUGUACUUUUUUCUCAGUAAUCUCUCACUGGUGGACUGUGUUUAUGCCUCAGCUGUCACUCCCAAGGUAAUAGAAGGGUUUCUUACAGAACACAAGAUCAUAUCCUACAAUGCAUGUGCUACACAGAUGUUCUUCUUAAUAGGAUUUGCAAUUACUGAAGGUUUUCUCUUGGCAUCAAUGGCCUUCGACCGUCAUGCAGCAGUGUGCAAACCCUUGCAUUACUCCACCACCAUGACAACAACAGUAUGUACCCUGCUUAUUGUGUGCUCUUACAUAAGUGGACUCUUACAAUCUUCCAUCCAUGUUGCCUUCACUUUCCAUCUCUACUUUUGCCAUUCCAAUGUAGUGAACCACUUUUUUUGUGACAUUCCCCCACUACUGGCUCUUUCUUGCUCUAGUAUCUAUAUAAAUGAAAUUAUACUUUUCAUCUUGGCAGCACUCACUAUUGCUUUAACUAUGUUAGUUAUCUUGAACUCUUACAUACUUAUUUUUGUUGCAAUAUUGAGGAUGUGUUCCGCUGAUGGACAAAAAAAGGCCAUUUCCACCUGUGCAUCCCACCUUACAACUGUUUCAAUCUUCUAUGGCACAGUUAUUUUCAUGUACUUACAGCCCAGCUCCACUCACUCCAUGGACACUGACAAGGUAGCAUCUGUAUUCUACACCAUGAUUAUUCCCAUGAUUAACCCUCUUGUCUAUAGCCUGAGGAACAAAGAGGUCAAUAAAGCAUUUAAAAUGAUUACUAGAAAAGCAUUGUUCUCACUUGGAUUAGUCUAA